AUGAGCUCUGAAGUGAACGAUGAGAAUCGCGGCUUCAGCCCCAGAGGAGGAAAGCGCAACACCGCAACUGACAUUUUUGAUCUGGAGCAGCCAACCGGGAGGCCAUCCAUCUUACGUCAGACGGAAAACCUCCCGAGCAAGCCUGUGCCAAAGGGUGUGAAGGUUUGUUUUCAAACUCCGAGAAGAGACCCGAUCACUAAAAGGAUCGUUUCUCCUACAAAUUUAGUGAAAAUGACAAGCGUGGACGAGGACACGAAACCUGUGGAGUCCUUGAAUUCUGACUUGACGAUGACUCUGCCACCAGAGACAUCGAAUCUACCAGAUCACCCAACACAAGAGCCAUCUGCCUACCCCGAUGACUACAUGCCAAUACAAAGCAAAGGAAGUUAUCUGUUCGACUUUGACAACCUGGACAGCGUGAACCCUUUCCAGAGUUCGACUAAAACUGUCCUUUCACCUGUGGUUCAAAACCCUUCUCCUUUCAAUGGGCCGGAUAGCACAUUUGAGGAGCCCACCAACAAGUCCGAUUCUGCACUGGAUGAGACUCUUCCCUACACCCGUUCUGUGGAGAACUCUCUCAACAACGUCUCUGUUGAAGUCAGCUCCACGGACAGCAGUGUGAUCACGAUGAAACCUCUGACCGUAGAACAAGAGUCUCGCAGCGACACGCCCGAUGAGUUUGGCCAUGAAAAGAAACCUGAUGGUUUUGAUGAAGACGCCAUCCUGCCUUUGAAAGGCUCUUACAACUUUGAUUUGGACAACAUUGACACAAUGGAUCCGUUUAAAACCGGGGGUUCCAAAAUCCAGAAUUCCCCUGUUCUAGCGAGGAAAAAGUUGGAAAGUGAGGCCCAUAUAAAGCCUGCAGAUGAAGAUGUGCCUUUUCAGUCUGCUUUGAAGCCCACUGCCACCGUGAAUCCUUUAUCUUGUGCUGAAGUGGCAGAUUCGGAGCUGUCGACUGAGGAACACUCAGUUAUACUGGAGUUGGACUUUCAUGGUGGUGAGGUCAAAGGGAAAUCCCCGCCCAAGAAGUGUUUGCCCGACGCGAAGCUGCAGGAAGACCACGUGGAUAAGUUGGCGGCUGGCGAUGCUGCAGAUAAAGUUGAGACCUCUUGUAACAACGACCGGGAUUUACGUCCCAACACGGAAAAGCCUGCGACUAAUUUGGCUGAACCACAACAGACCAGUUUGUCCGAUUCCACUGAAAUGUUCAUGCCUGGAACCGAAUUCAUGGCCAACACCUUUGAGGGCCAAAUCGACUACCUGGAACAAUUUGGCUCAAGCGGCUUCAAGGAGUCUGCACUGCGCAAACAGUCACUGUAUCUUAAAUUUGACCCCCUGCUGAAAGAGAGCCCGAAGAAAUGUGGAGGAGGCCCUGUUAUUCCACUCCAUGUUCAAGCACCUCGCCCUACUUCUUUUCGAUCACGAUGUGAAAGUCGACCAAUGGCUGAGUGCUCUACCGCCGCUCCUACUCCCCAACCGCUCGAGAGCCUUGUCCUGACCUUCUCGCAGCCCACAAGCACGGAGGACAUCAUUGAUGUGCUCAAGUACAGUCAGAAAGACAUGGACGACGCCAUCGCCAAAGUACAAGCUGAGGCAAAGGAAAAAGAAGAGCUCAUUAGAUCAAAAUACAACCAGUUACAAGGCGAUGGUCAAGAAAUGAGGAAAAUAGUUGCAGAAUUUGAGCUCAUCAUUGCAAAAAUGACAGCGGAUCAAGAAAAGGAACGUGAGGCAUUCCAGGCCAAGCUAGACAACGUCCUGAUGGAAAAGGAGCAAGUCUCCAGGGACCUCAACGACAUUGAGAGGUCCUUCUCUGAUCUUUUCAGACGGUUGGAAAAGUACAAGGAGGUCGUCGAGGGUUACAAAAAGAAUGAGGAGACCCUGAAAGCUUGUGCUCAGGACUAUCUGGUGAGAAUCAAAAAGGAGGAGAAUCGCUACCAGACCCUCAAAGCUCACGCUGAAGAGAAAAUCAACCAGGCCAAUGAGGAAAUAGCUGAGGUGCGCACCAAGAACAAAGCGGAGAUUUCGGCUCUGCAGAUCCAGUUGCGCCGUGAGCAGAUGAAGGUACAAUCGCUGGAAAAGACCCUGGACCACAAGGUCAAGGAGGCAGAGGAGCUGACCAAACUCUGCGAUGAGCUCAUCGGCAACGUCCAGAAGGCCUGA